UCUCCCUUCUACGAGAUGGCUUCGGCGAAGACUUAUGUGACCAAGUUCAAGUCCUUCGUGAUUUUGUUCUUCACCCCGAUCCUGCUGCUUCCACUCAUCAUUCUGCUACCUGACAAGUUUGUCAGGUGUGCCUAUGUUAUUAUCAUCAUGGCCAUCUACUGGUGCACAGAUGUCAUCCCAGUGGCUGUCACCUCCCUCCUGCCCGUCUUGCUCUUCCCACUUUUGAAGAUAAUGGACUCCAAGCAGGUAUGUAUCCAAUACAUGAAAGACACCAACAUGCUGUUCUUGGCCAGCCUCAUUGUGGCUGUGGCUGUGGAGCGCUGGAACCUUCACAAGAGGAUUGCCCUGAAAUUGAUGCUCUAUGUGGGGACCCAGCCUGCACGGCUGAUGCUGGGCUUUAUGUUUGUCACGGCUUUCCUGUCCAUGUGGAUCAGCAAUACUGCCACCACAGCCAUGAUGAUACCCAUUGUGGAGGCCAUGCUGCAGCAAAUGGUAGCUGUAAAUGCUUGUAUGGACACCUGCCAGGAGACACUGGAGCUGCCGGACAAAGACAAGGCCACCGAGUUGCCGGACAAGGACAAGGCCAGCGAGUUGCCAGGAAACCCGGUGAUACUUGAAGACCUCACUGUGCAGAAGAAGGAUGAAAAAGACAUAAAGAACAUGUACAAGGCUAUGAACCUAAGUGUGUGCUAUGCAGCCAGCAUUGGGGGUACUGCCACCUUGACCGGGACAGGACCCAACAUGGUUAUCCUGGGCCAGAUGCAGGAGUUGUUUCCUGACAACAAAGACAUCAUAAAUUUUGUAACUUGGUUUGGAUUUGCCUUCCCUAACAUGCUCAUCAUGCUGGUGUCUACCUGGUUUUGGCUCCGGUGUUUGUACAUGCGAUCCACUUUCAAAAACUCUUGUGACUGCUACGGGCAGAAGAGCAGGAACAAUGAGGAGAGUGUCAACAUGGUGCUGCAGGAGGAGUACAGGAAACUGGGGUCCUUGACCUUUGCUGAAUGCAACGUGCUCUUGUGCUUCAUCCUGCUUAUCAUCCUAUGGUUCUCCCGAGACCCUGGAUUCAUGCCUGGCUGGGUGUCCAUCGCCUGGAUCAGUGGAAAGACCACUUAUGCCACUGAUGCCACAGUGGCCAUCUUUGUGGCCAUCUUGCUUUUUAUUGUGCCUUCAGAAAAGCCCAAGUGCAACUUCAGCAGCCAGACUGAGGAAGAAAGGAGAACUCCAUUCUAUCCCCCAGCACUGCUGAGUUGGAAGUUCACCCAACAGAAAGUACCCUGGGGUGUCGUGUUGCUCCUGGGGGGAGGACUUGCUAUGGCCAAAGGAUGUGAGACAUCAGGGCUCUCCGAGUGGAUGGCAAGACAGAUGGAACCCAUGGGCUCAAUGAGUGCCGCUGCCAUCACCUUGAUCUUGUCCUGCGUUGUUGCAGCAACCACAGAGUUCACAAGUAACGUGGCUACCACCACCCUGUUCCUGCCUAUCUUUGCCUCCAUGUCUCGUUCCAUCGGCAUCCAUCCACUGUACCUUCUGCUUCCCUGCACCUUGAGUUCAUCACUUGCCUUCAUGUUGCCUGUGGCCACCCCGCCUAAUGCCCUCGUGUUUGCCUAUGGACACCUCAAAACUAUUGACAUGGUGAAAGCAGGAUUGAUAGUGAAGUUCAUUGGAAUCUCAAGUGUGUUUUUGUCGGUCAACACCUGGGGACGGUCCAUAUUUAACUUGGAUGUUUUCCCUGACUGGGCCAACUCAACAAGAAUUGACACUUAGGAAGAGUCACAAGACCACAAGCAUGACCCCCUCACCCUUCUAAGGACUAUGAAUCUUCUGGCACACCUUGCACAGAGUACUGGUGCUCAAACUUCUGUGUGACCCAAUGACACCAACCCCCCUAAGAUCUAGCCAACUAGCCACCACUUCCUCCAGACUCAGAUUCAGGGAUGAUAAUAUGUAAUUAUCAGAAGGGAGGGGAACCCCUUUGAGAGGCCACAAGGUCCAUUUUCCCAAUACCUUGUCAUCUCCCUUGGGACAGGCAGGACAGAGAGGGACCAGAACUCAAGAUCCUGAACCAUUUGUCUUUGAAAGACUACUGGCCCCAUGCUGAGCUCUGGUUCUCACAUGCUUAUUACCACAGUGUCCACAUGGGGAUCAGACCACCAGGCUGAGAGGCCAGCCCCUGUGCCUCUUCUGGAUGCCCCCAGAUCACCUCUGUCACUCUAAAGGGACUUCCUGUCCAGGACAGAGCUCUGCUCUUGAAUAGCUUCCCCCUGACAGAGUGAGAGUCAAGGCCUCCUGAAGACUUGGACUCUACAUGGUGCCAUUACCAAAGGCUGGGCAACCUGAGGUGCUAACAUCAUGACAUUCCUGCUCACCCUUGGUUGACCUGUUCCCUACUUGCCUCAUAUUAAAUAAGAACUUAAACCGCUUUUCCAGAUCCCCAGUGAGCCUCCUUCAACUCCUAGAUCCCUUUAUUGUUUUAGCCAGCUGCUCAGCUCCCUGGCUCCCAAGAGAACCCCUGUUUUUCCAGGGAGCUCAGUUUGAUUCUUCUGGGAAUGCUCUUCCUGCUAGCCCUGUACAGCUGGGAUCACACUCCGAGGAUGAACAGUGGUGUGUCUGUGGGGGAUUGUGUCAAAGCAGGCUACCUGAGUCUUCCCUUGGCUAGAUCCAGAGCAGAUUCCACAGCUCAUUUCAGAGGGCUGGGCCACUGCACAGUUUAUCUGUCUCGCUGGAGUCUGAGCUCCUCUGGGAAGGCCUUCUCUCUGCUGGCUGUGCAUUGUGGCCAGGCCUGUUGGCAAUAGAGCAUGGCUGAGAAUGAGCAGAGUCCUUGUGGGUCCCUGAGCAGACAGACCCUGACACAGUAAAUUGACAGACCCAAUGGUAUAGGAAAUUCAGAAUGGCCAUGGAAACCCAUAGUGCCCCUCACAUGAAAGGGAGACAGGAGAGGAAGUGCUCCCUUGUCCUUCAGGGACACUCUCUUCCCUGCUUGUAUCCCUCUGAAAAGAAGCAUUGAUGGGUAGAUAAGGUCCAUGAAUGUUAUUUUUCUGGGCAGAAGACAGUAUGGGGACCCAAGGAGUCCCCAUCAAAGGCCAAGUAUCUGUCCGGUUCCUUGGGAGAGAUGACUCCUGACCACACUGUUGAAGCUUGCUCUUGUCAAAAACUCUGUCUGCUAUGGAAAGUUCCAGUGCGCUGACUGGUCUGUGAUUUCAUGCCUUGUGGAGGAGACAGAGGGAGGUAGAUGAAUAAACAGUUAU